AUGUCCUACCUCCUCCCCCACCUGACGACGGGGUGGGCGGUCGACCAGGCCAUUCUAUCGGAGGAGGCGCGCGUCGUCUGCAUCAGGUUCGGGCACGACUACGACCCCGUCUGCAUGCAGAUGGACGAGGUGCUGUACUCGAUUGCGGAGCUCGUCAAGAACUACUGCGUCGUCUACCUCGUCGACACGACAGAGGUGCCCGACUUCAACACGAUGUACGAGCUGUACGACCCGUGCACCGUCAUGUUCUUCUACAGAAACAAGGCGCGCCCGGCCCGCCCUCUCCUCACCGCCGCGCCGCCCGCCGCCGCGCAGCACAUCAUGAUUGACUUGGGGACGGGCAACAACAACAAAAUCAACUGGGCGAUCCACGACAAGCAGGAGGUGAUCGACAUCAUCGAGACGGUCUACCGCGGAGCGCGGAAGGGGCGCGGCCUCGUGGUGUCGCCGAAAGACUACUCGACCAAGUACAGGUAUUAG